UACAUACUUUGACUAAAGUAUCUAGGCUCCAUAUGUGAGCCCGCUUUAUUCCCUCUGAUCUCCUCCCUUUCAUGCUUCGGUCCCUCGCUCAUAGCGGGUCGGUGGAGACCAGAUUCGUCAUAGCACAGGAACAAGGAAGGGAAUGGAUGGGCAGACGAUUGAAUUUGUAGAGGCCUUCUACCAAAGUCAUGACUCGAAACUGUAUAAUUAUAAUCUCUAUGUUAAUUUGAGUAAAAUAGCUAGAGAGGCUUAUCAUAAGAGACUGCCGGUAGAUAGGAGGGGCACGUCUUAUUAUCUUGUCACCGCCAUUUUCUGCCGAGGCCGUCCUUUAUCACCAAGCGAUUUCCGGGGCAAACUGUGGGGAACGGGAACAACGCGGGUCGUUAACCUUUCGCCCACGGAACCCUUGCUUCAACUGCUCGCGUGCUCCCCUCCCCCUCCUCUUCUUCACAUCCCCAUCCUCCCAACAACUCCUGUCCGACUCUCUCAAUCCCUCGAUUCGAUCCGUCUAUCACAACCACAGCUUCAAUUACCAUUAUCGUGAGGGUAUCGGUGCCACAAUUCCCAACCGGAACAGCGGAAGCGUUCACAACAAAGGAGCUCUUACAUCUGCAUACCCGAUCCUCUCUCGCCACUCCUCGAACUACCUAUACA